CUCUCGGCCGUACCAGGGCAUUUAGGGGCCUACUACUAUCUCUUAUAUUUGUAAAACCAACCAAUUUACUCAGACUUUUACACCUCUCUUCUCACUCAUUGUUGAAUAUUCAUUAAUUUAAAUUUGUCCUGAAAGAAUUUACAUGUAGUUCAUACUUAUCCAAUCAGUAAAUAGUAAUUUUAUUCUUUUACUAUUGUUACGUAGCAAUUUUUAGUAAACUACUGUCAAUCUUGUAAACUGGCGUUUAGUCUAUACCAUAUAUGUAUAUUUAAAUAUAAUACCUUUAUUUUUCAUUUGUGAUUUAUUUCAAUUAGACAAUGAUGAUUCAAUUGUUAAUACUGUGUACAGUUUCAAUUCUAUCAUUUACCUACGCUGAUAUUACUGUUACUACUACUCCUACUACUAUAACAUUGAAUAAUGUAAAACCUUAUUUUAGUUGUAAUAUGACUCAACAUGGUUUUCAUCUUCGAUUACAUUGUGAUUUCCAUGAUUUUUCAAUUAGUUUACUGGAGCAUUGUCAACUUCAUGUACACUUACCAUCAGGUUUUUUCAUUGAUCCAUAUGAACUGACUUCCAGUCAACCUAAUUUAAAAUUUUCAAUUAUUCAACCGGGAAUACAACGAAAACUACAUUCUACCAUUAAACAGUUUGUAAAUUGGUUUACAUACUCUAAGUUACGAAAGAAAAUUACCGAUCAUUUCGAUGAAAGUAAACAAUUAAUUAUACAAAAUAAUUUGGUCGAUAUUGAAGCUCCAGAAUGGCUUGCUCAGCCGUUAACAUUCAAAUUUAAUAUUAAUCAACUGGGAAUAAAUAAAUCAACUAGUUAUUUAGAUUUACCUAUUCAUCUACGAUAUCAUCUCCCAUCAACGAAAACUGAUAACACUAAUGAUGAUUCUAUUUAUAUUACUGAAAUUAAACAUCCUAUACUCAAUUGUCCCAAAAACUAUAACUUCAAAAAUAUAAAUAGUCAACAGUCUUUCUCUGUUAUUGUUCCUAUACCUUUAUUAUCUUACCUUGUUUUUGUGAUGCCCAUUACAAUUUUACUACUAAUUAUUGGUGUGAUAUGUCUCUUGAUGGCCUAA